AUGCCUGCCCAUUUCCGGCCAUCAAAUGGGGAUACAAAAUUGUUAUCGCCCUUGGAUUUAGCACGGCCAGAACAUGGGACGUGGAUUGGUGUUACUACGAGUGGAAAAGUCGCUGUUUUGGUGAAUUACCGUGAUGUGGAUACUGAGUAUAAUAUGAAGGAGACUUCAAGAGGAGUGUUGCCAUUGAACUUCCUAUGUUCAAAUGAUUCAGACGAGGAAUGGAAGAAGAGACUAAUGUCAAAGAUGCAAAGUGGUACUAGUGAUGUUGAUUUUAAAAAGAUUGGUGGUUUCACAUUACUAUAUGGAAGUUUGAAAAUUGACCCGAAAACAAAUAGGAUAGACCAUUUAAAUAUUUUGAGUAAUCGUGGUCACUAUGGCAAAGUUUUCGAAUCCCAUAGUAGUAGUGAAGAAGAUGAACAUUGUUCCCAUUAUGAUGAUGAUGAUGAAAUUGCUUCAAAGUCGACUUUUGGAUUAUCCAAUUCGCUAUAUAAUGAGCCGUGGAAAAAAGUGUAUUUAGGAGAGGAUUUGGUAAAGAGAAUGAUUUCAAGAUCUAUUGAGCAAGGCAACUGGACUGAAAAUCGUUUGGUUGAAGAGUGUUUUAGUAUUUUAAGUCAAAAUACAUAUAAACAAUCCAUUGCAGAUCAAGAUGAUUAUGAUUUAAAGUUAUUGGAGUUGAGAAACUCUAUAUUCGUACCACCAAUAGACUUGGGAGGAGAAAAUAGUACAUGUGUUUCAAUUGGCAAGUACUAUGGUACGAGAACACAAACGGUGAUACUUCUAGAUAAAUGCGGCUAUUUGCAUUAUUAUGAAAAAAACUUGCAUAGCUCAGACAUUGAGCAGCUUGAUAAACCACAAAUUGUAUCACACUACAAAUUCAGUAUAUUCGACGACAGUCAGGAUGGAAAACUGAACAUGAACAUGAAAAAAUCAAUGUAA